CAAAAACACUAAAUUUUACCGCUUCAAGUAAAACGACAACUCGUGUUAAAUCAAGAAAUCAAAAUAAGCUCAAAAUUAACAAAGUAAACAUCAAACUGACUGAAAUAUUUUUGAAAUCAUUAUAACUUACUUACUACUUACUUUAAUUAUUUAGUCAAAUUCAGAUUCAAUCAAACAACAGUUGAAUAUGACAUGAAGUUUUAUUAGUCUUCACCUGCCUCCCAUGCUUAGGUGUGUUGGUCACAUGACAGGUUUCAUGAGCUAUAUGGUGUCAUGUGACCAUCUUAUCUGCACCAGUUUGACAAUAGGGGAACAAACUGAAGGUGAAUCAGAUUAAAACUCUGUUAACACUUACUCUGGUCCUUUAACCCUCAGGACAUUUUUGUACAUUAUUCCUUUUUUUAUUUGUAUAUUGUUGGACAGGCUUCAUUAAACCUGACUGGGUCCUGAUGCAGGUCAGUGUAUACACAAUACUACAAACAGUACACACAGUACUGUUUGUAUGAAAUACACCAGUGUUUUGGUGUCAGUUUGAUAAAGCGCUGUUAAGUAUUCAGGUUUAUUCUGAUACAGAGGUGAGAUGUUUGUCAGUUUUUUUUUAUUUGUCUGUAAAUAUUUGACACAAUGGAACAAAUUAACACGUUGCAAAAACGGUAAAAUCAACAGAUGACCUGUCAGCACAUCUCUGUUUUCUUUACCUCUGGAUCUUCUGUUUAUUUACAUAUAAGCACAGUGAACUGCCUUUGCAAAUAUAAUCUGGUCUAGUUUACUGGCAUUUAAAUGCACUUGGUGCAUUUAAAUGUGGUCUUUGAAUUCAUCUUUAUUGAGAUUUUAUUAGCAGCUGUUCAGCUCUUUCAUUUAGUGGCAUUUUCAAAGGACAUGUGCAUAGGAUUGUGGGUGUUUAAACAUUACCGAGGGUCUUUUAAGUUCUUAUCCUAGUCCUCUGGCGAUGUAGUUUUAUGUAAAAUAAGAAUCCACCUGCUGUGAACAGAAUCAUUGAACCGUGUGUUGGUGUAAACGCUGAACCUGACAGUCACAGCUCAGGGCUCACAGCUUUCGCACAGUGAGCCUGACAGUCACAACUCAGGUGAAUUCUAAAAUUUCCCACUGCCCUGAAUGCAGCAGUAGUUUGACAUUCACAGUCUGAUUGUUGUGUUGUCAGUGUUUCAACAGCAGCUGGAGACUCACCUGCACAGGUGAGCGGCUUCUAGAUGAUUGACAGGCCAUGGACCAAUCACUGUCCAGUUGGCGGCCUCAUGCGAGUGUGCUCAGUUGUUUCCCGCCCUCUGUGGGCAGAGAUGUUGCUGUUGCUGUGGUGAAGUCCUUGGCAGUCGGCCUUGGAAACCCCAACACCCAGAGCCUGCUACGCACAGACGGACAGGUGAAAUGGACCAUGGAGGUGUUGUGUUUCGGUCUAACUCUCCCACUGGAUGGAGACACCGUCAGGCUCUGUGUGGACGUCUACACUGAUUGGCUGAAAACCCUGUUCUCCCAGAGAGACUCCAUCCCUCCGCCAAUCAGGAAAGAGCCGGAUCUGUACGCUCAGAAGAUCCUCCGACACCUGUACAGUCUGUUCCUGCCCAGGUCGGACCAGGUGAGUCCACUACACCUGUCUCUCUGUCAGCAGGUGUUAUGUGCAGUUCAGUCUAUGGCCAGAGACAGCGUUGUGAUGAGCAGAGACACCUGGGAAACUCUGCUGCACUUUCUGCUCAGGAUUAACCACUUGAUCCUGGUCCUGCCCCUCGCCUCAGGUGCAUCAGACCUGUCUCACCUGUCGCUGUCUGUGCUUUUGGAGGUGUGGCUUCUUUCCGCCGCUCGUUGUUUCCCAUCUCGCUCUUUGUGGCAAACGUGUCGACAGAUGUUCAACAGCUGGAGACACCAGCCAAUUGCUGUGGAGACAUGGAGCCGAGUCACUGCAGCGCUAACAUCCAGGUUACUGUCUCUGACCUACGGUCCACUGUUCCCGCCAUUUAAAGUCCCAGAUGAAGAUGCUGCUCUGGUUCCUACAGAUCUGGACGAUGAGCGAAUCCCUCUCACCUGGUUCAGGUUUCUGCAUAUGUUCAGUAACCCUGUGGAGCUCUGCAGACCUCCUCUGAUUGGACGAUCGGGGAAUGCCCAUCCCCCUCCCCCUCAGGAUGAGGCGUUCUGGGACAGUCAGCUGCCCAAUAUCUUCUUAAAGGUCAUGAGUGGAGUGAGCCGCCUGGUGGAUGCUUUCCUUGGUUUAACUGAAAACACCAAAGAACCAACAGAGGAUUUGUUGCUAAACACAGGACUGACAUCGAAGCUCCACCCAAGGGACCGCCUGCCUUCUCUUGGUAUUGCGGUGACCAGGAGUCCGUUCAAGGACCGCCUCCCCGCCUAUGGUAUGUCCCGGCCUCGGUCUGGCAGUGCCCCGCCCACUCCUGUCACCUUACUGAGCAUGCCCAGUGGCUCCACAUUGACCUCCUCCCCUCCUGUACUCAACAGACGACAAAAAGCUGCAAACAUUUCUAAGUGGAGGUGUCCCCCCUCCCCUUCUCCUCUCAGGUCGGAUGUGGACUCCCUCCUCCACCUGUUUGGUCGUUGGCUGUUUGAUGCAGCUCUGAUGGGCAGUAGUCAGGCUGAUUCGUGGUCAUCUGGUCGAGCGGAGGCCUGUGGAACGCUGUGCAGGAUAUUCACCUGUAAGAAGACGUCAGAGGACAUCCUGCCUGUUUACCUGUCCAGGUUCUACCUGAUUCUCCGUCAGACCCUCCAGAUCUCAGAGGGGGCGUGUCCUCUUAUUUUGGCAUCCGUCCUCCUGAAUUCUUCCUGUCUGUUCUGUUGUGACCUGACAGGGGUCAAUCUGUUACUGCCCACCUUCACUGCAGCACUGGAGGACGUCCUGCUUGACAGAGACCUGCUGAGGUUUCCAGCUGCAGUCAACCCAGUGGAGUUGAGGAGGUCCUCCAUCCUCAUCCUGCUGUCCCUGCUCCCCCUCCCCCUGCAGUUUGGAUCUGUCCAAUCAGAGCUCCCAUCGGACAGACAUGUCAGCUUCCUGUCUCUGAAACCCCGCCUUCUCAGCAUUCUGAUUGGAGGACUGCAGACAGAGAAUGAUGUCGCCAACACACAUCUGAUCCUGGCGGCCAUGUUGAACCUGGUUCAAGACUCUGCUGUGAUAGAAGCUGCAGGACGAAACCAGAAGGAACCUGAUCUUGGACCAGUUAGAGACAGAAGAGCAACGGCUGGAACCAGACAAACCACUGUCCAGGCAGAUUCAGCGGUGGUCAUGUGGGUUCAGUUUGUGCGUCUGCUGACCCAGCGUCUGACAUCUCAGUGGAGGAAUGACUCAGCAGUUUGUCUGUCAGCACUGGAAGUACUGGGAGGACUGGCCAAGGUGGAGGUGAGUGUGGAGGAGUCAGAGAAAAGGCGAGCGGUGAGUUCAGUCUGCAGUUACAUCGUGUUCCAGUGCAGCCGUCCUCCUCCUCUGCAUUCAAGAGACCUGCACUCCAUCAUUACUGCAGCAUUUCACUGUCUGAAUGUCUGGAUCACACAGCACCCUGACAUGUUAAACCACCAGGACUGUUUAGUGGAGGUUCUGGAGAUUGUGGAGCUCGGUAUUUCUGGUAGUAUAUCCAGGCAGGAAGAGAAAGUGAGGUGUAAAGAGGAAAAGGAGCUAAACCCCGCCUCCCUGAGAGUGAAGGAGGCCGCUGAGGCCACGCUGAGCUGUGUGAUGCAGGUUUCAGGGGCGUUCCCGCUGCUUGGAGGCCUGCUCAAUGAAGACGCUCUGAUUGGAGGUCCUGGUUUGAGUGACAGUAGUGUGAAGAGGUUCAGAUACUUUGUUGUGGAUGGGUCAGUGAUCUUAGCCAUGUUGGAGAAACCUCAGAACACAGAUCUGUCGGAUCAGGCAUCGUGUCCGUCCCUCACUGUGCUGAUCCGAGGACCUUCAGGUCGACACUCCUGGACUCUACAGCUCCACCUACAGCCCAGAGAGGGGAGGGGCCAAUCACAGCAGAGUCCAGAACCCAAGGUCCCAGAACAUCACGGUGCAGCAGCCCCAGAGGAUGCUGGGAUACAGUGUAACAUCAAACAUCAAGAGUUUCCUGAAUAUCUCGACAGAGUUCCUCCAGUUAAAGCAGAUCUGAGUUUACCAGGUCUGAGGGAGACUGCCAACAAAGAGGUGCAGCGGCGGUUGGAUCAGGUUCGAGCGGUGUUGAAGAGGCAGCGCCAGGUUGAAGCUCAGCCUCAGAUGAGUGGGACAUCUGUUGCCAUGACGACCUGCAGGUCUGUGGUUUCUGGUGGUCCGGUUCAGACGGCGAGGCUCUUCCUGUCCCAUCUGGGCCUGCUGACCCCCGACACCCUGAAGGACUCGGGUGGUGUCCCGGCUCAGCUCUUGUCUCUGGAUUCUUCUCUUCCUGGUUUCUCCGAAGAUCUGAGACAUUUAGACCAACUCGCGUCCAGAAACUGUGACUCCGCCUCCGUCUUCUACCUGAGAGCAGGACAGAGGACAGCAGCCGAGGUUCUUAGUAACGCAGACUCGUCCUCCAGUGUCUCAUCUCACUUCCUGGACUUCCUGUCAUCUCUCGGUUGUCCGGUAGCGGUGAGCAGGACCUCACCUGUCAGUGCAGAUUUUCCAGAAUCCCCUGCUGUGCCAGCUGAGAGGCGUGUCCUGAUGUAUACUGACGCUCUGACGGAAAUCACCUUCAUUGUUCCUUCAUUGUCACAUGGUCACAGUCCACAAGAGGUGGAGCCAAAUGAGGACUCCUCCCCGUUAUCGACAAGUCCUGUGGCUGAUGGUCCAUCAUCUCCUCACUGGAAGGCAUCGUCUUCCUGCUCUCAGUCUAAAAUAUGGAUUGUCUGGGUCGAACGCUUUGAGGAUAUUGACAGCUUCCCUCUGAAUGAGCUGCUGUCACCCACCAGGACAGAGACAUCGCCAUGUGCAGUGAACAUCCAGCUGAUCUUCAUUCAUCCUCUGAAAACUGGACUCUUUCGUAUCCGUCUCUAUGGAAACAAGACCAGUAAAUUCAGUUUGGUCGUCCCAUUGGUCAGCGGCAGUGUCGUCAGCAAGAGGACUCUGGGUUUCUUGGUCCGGGAAACGGUCAUCAACUGUUGCUAUCGGCGACGGCUAGACAGUGACUCUGCCCCCCCACCACACGUCAGACGAAAGCACAUGAUCAGUGACAUUAUCCAGCGCUAUCGCAGCCAUUGCUCUGAGCCCACCUUCUACACCGCCCUAUUUCAGGACGUUUGACCCACGACUGUAACCAUGGCAACAUGGCUUUGUUGAAUUCUCCAUCGUGAUUGGUCAGUGAUUGCAUCCUGCUGUUUCCAAUGAAUGUAGAAUCCAAUUUGAGAUGUGUUCCUCACAUCUAUAUCAGAUGUCCACAGAAUUUCAUUUGGACUCAAGAUUUAACCAAAGAUCUUAAGGCUAAAGAUGGAAGAUGUCAAUGUCCAGGUGUAACCACAUCAUGGCUUUGAAGUCUGGAGGUUGACCAGAGCCUGAUCUGUGUGAAUGAUCCAAUGGGAGAAGUGUCACUGUUGGUUCCACACCAACCAUAAGACUUGUGUGAGGACAUUUACCAUCUGAUCCAUAGACAAGCAGAUGACGACGCCUCUUGAUCAGAUCUAACAUCAACUAAAUUAUGUUUUUUGUGCGACAGUGACAGUUUGAGGUGUUUCCAUUUACAGCAGAUCUACAGGGGAACUAUGGAUCAAACACACAGGACUUGUACAUCUCUGUUCUUCAGUAGAUCAUCAAAACCAAACCUGCCAAACAUGUCACUAAUAUGUGGGUACUUCUAUGAAACUGGUCCCUAAAAACAGGACACAUCAUCAUGACACCUCCAUCUUUAGUUCUGUUAUGGUGGCCAAGGGUCAAAGGUCAGGAUCGCUGUGACCUGAAAACAUUUCAGAUACACAUAGUGGGGUGAAAGUGAGUGAUGACACCUUACAUCCAGAGGGUCAAAGGUCGUCUUCGCUAUGACAUCAUACUGUUGUAUAAGCUGAUUCUUGUGCUUCACAUCAUCAUGUUCUAAUUUUAACGUAUACUUCUGUGCACAAACACAUUUUUCCCCCAUACAGUGUUUUUUAUUUAUGUUUUACAGAUAAAAUGCAAAAUCAAAUUAACAUCAUACCUUCUCUUUUACAAUAUGUAGAAACAGUAGUUAAUCUAUUACAGCAAGUACAUUGCGUGCAAUGAAAAAAAAUUUCAAGUUUUAAAUUAAGGCAUUAUCUUGACAAAAUGGAUGGAAUGGAAAAAGUGAGUGAGUAAAAUGAAAUAAUAUAGUAAAAUUUCACAGGCUUGGUAACUACUUAGUCCGUAAACAUCCUUCAUCUUUUUCAAGGAUUAUUUUUUAAGUUUUGGACAUAAUCAUUGAAAGAUCUCCUUAUUUUAUUCAACCUUUUGUUUCCAUUUCAAUGUAUAUAUUAUUCUUUAGAGAGGAAAGUUUGUUAACAUCUGUCUCAACCACUGAGUCACAUCUGGUGUUUGAGUCUUUUUUCCCAUCAAAACAUAUUUUUACAUUAAAAAGUUGACAGAAAUUAGACUCUAACAUCCACUGAAUUAUCCAGAUGCUGUUUAUCAAGUAUCUGUCUCUGAAAGGAUGGUUAUUUUUUUGCUUGUGGAAACAGUGAAAUAAUUUUAAAAUCCUUUUUAGCCUUUUUAGAGACAGUAGAGGUCAUAGAGGGACACAGUAAAGGAUCCUGUGUCUGUGAUGAAGCCUCAGUCCCUGUGUUAGACCCUUGACCAGGUCAAACACCAGAAAAUCAUUUCUACAAUAAUAGGUUUGGUCAACUUAUUAAGUCCUUCAUUAAACAGCCACACAGUUGUGUGAUCUUAAAUCAGUGCAAUAGGUGAGUCUUAGUUGAUAAAUAUUCACUUAAAUACUUCUGUUUAUGAAGAAAGGAAAUUUUCUCCACUUAAAGCUUAAAAUUAAUCCCAUAGUCAUCAAAGAUAUUAUGUGACGAUGAGGUGAUAGGAACAGUUCUAUGUUUUAUUCCAUCUUGAACAAAGUCACAAGUUCAUCUCCACACUAAAAUUCACUCAAACAUUCACAUUAUCAUCAUCCAGGAUGUGAAUAAACCUGACUUUGACACACCUUUAUUCGUUAUUUUCUUCUGCUGAUACUGAAAAUAAAAAUACAUUUCAUUAUGACUGAAGAUUGAACUGAUGGUUUUGAUGGACUGUGGUGAAAGUCAGGGUCAAAGUGAACAAAUAGGUAAGAACAACACCACAAACUAACCAACAAACUGAACAGCCCAUCUGGAUGUGAAUGCGACUUGAACCUGUUUGAACUGAUGGAUGGACUGAACUCAUGGACCCUCUGUUCCUGUAUUAAUGAUCCAUUAUUAUUUACUAAUAUUGAUUCCCUGCUUGUCUCCAUCCACCUCCUGUCUUCUGAUUGGGUCUCUGAGCUGUUUACCUUCACCUGCAACUCCCCCCGUUGUCAUGGUUACCCCCCUUCACGUUAUGCAGUCACCAUGGUAACAGGCUGACUGAAAACUGCACUGAUGCUGAUUCUCCUCCAUGUUUUUGACAUAAACAGUCAUCACCAACAUCAAAGCCUCUGGUGUUUUUCUUAUCAGUUAUCAAUAACCCGCGUGACCUUUAUUUGUAAUCAGUGAUCGAUAGCCCGUCGGUGACGUCAUUCUGUUUCCUUUUUGUGCGGGAAGUGGAUGAGGUGUAGAAGACAAGCUGCUGAUCAGACGGACCGUCCUCCUCCCUCAUCCUCCUCUUCCUCCUUUUCCUCCUCUCCCUCCUCUGUCCUCCGCUCUCCGGUAGUGAUGCUCGGUCCGGU